AUGUGUUCCAUUCCCGGGCUCCCGACGCCAGGAUCUGAAGUAACCGUUGGCAUCAGGAGGGUCAACCCGAACCCAAAAUGCGGUCUUGUGGAGCUUUGGGUCAACAUUGAUGACGGCAGUAAGCAUGCCUACGAGCAGAUGAAGGAGCAGAUUCAGCUUCCGAAAAGGAAGUUUUGCGGCUCUGAAGGAAAAACAGGGGAUCUGUGUCUGGUUUGCAUCGGCAACAUGUGGCACAGGGCUCGCAUCAUGUCCAGCCAAAGCGAGACAUGCAAGGUCUUCCUUAUCGACCAAGGACAGUCUUACGUUAGCACGUGGGAUGCUCUGGCGUGGGGUCAGUCUGACAGCUUCUUCCUUCCUCCUGAAAUUGAAUCCUGUAUCCUCGCCAACAUCCUUUCUGUCAAGGAGAACUGGUCCAAAAAAGCUACCAAGUUCUUGACGUCCCUGGCUGGAAAGACGCUGAACGGAGUGGUCAAGCAUGUCUUGAUGCCAGACAGGACUAUUCUCCUCGACAUACCCUUAGUCUCUAAGCAAAUGUGCACCCUUGGCGCUAUAAGGAAGGUCCCGGCAGACGACUUCAAAGGAGUUGUGCUUGAAUGCUUGACUUCGCCCAAAGAAGAUGCACCUGUCACCGCCUGUAACGUGACUCUGGAUCGGCGUGCGAAGGUCCAACUUGAUGACCGCUACUUCUACCCUGAACUCCUCUGUGGGAUGUACGAGACGGUUAACGUAACAGAAGUCACCGAUCCUGGUAACAUAUUUUGCAAUCUGCAGAUUUAUUCCAAAUCAUUGAAAACUUUGUCAGAAGAGAUCCAACAGUUCUACAAGGAGUCCUCAGAAUCCAAAGGGGAACGGCCGCAAACUUACGGAGAACCAUGUGCGGCCAGAGGGAGUAACGGCAUGUGGUAUCGCUCGUUACUAAAGCAAAACAUUGGACCCAGCGAUGAACUUGUGGAAGUUGCAUACGUAGAUGUCGGGAAAACCGAGCUUGUUUCAGCAGGAUGCAUCCGACACAUGGCGAGGAAAUUCCUGAGAAUGCCCGUGGUUACGUAUCGCUUCUCCCUAUAUGGAGUGGUCGAUGACUGUACCGGAUGGACGGCAAACCAGAAUGAAUAUUUGAAGUCGUUACUGCUGGACAAGACAUUUGUGGCAAAAAUAGAGAAGCAUUUCCAAGAGACCUAUAGUGUCAUGCUCUAUGCUGGGAAUGCCCAAUGCAUGAACACCUGUUUCACGGAGAAAGCAAAAGUUGUCCCACCUGCUCUGGCUGAAGGACAGCAGAAAGAUGUCCAGAUUGAACCCCCGUCAGAGGAGCAAGAUGUGCACUUUAAGAAUCUUGUCAGCUCAACUGUCAAGAACUUACAAGAGAAAGCCUUGUCGCGUACAGAGAAUGGAUUAUAUAUGGGCAAUGCUGACACUGUUCCCUCUUCUGAUCCCAGUGAUUUUAACACCACAGAUGACCAACAUCUUUCUCAAAGCUUUCAUCAUGAACAUGUGUUGUCUGUUGGACGCACUUUAGACGUGACUGUAUCCUGUGUCGAAGGUCCUCAGAAGUUCUGGUGUCAGAAAACAAAAAGCGGAGAGUCUCUGCGAAGGCUGAUGAAAGGCGUGCAAAACCACUACGCCUCUGUCCACCCUCUGCCCAUUGUAAAGUCCCUCUGUGUCACUCGUAACCCAGAUGAUGGUAUGUGGUACCGGGCAAAGAUCAUUACAAACCGUCAUUCCCCUGAAGUGGACCUGCAGUUUUUGGAUUAUGGUGGUACACGAAGGGUGCCCCUUGGAGAUGUCUUUCCCAUUGACCCUGCCUUCCUGGAGCUGGAAGCGCAGGCCUUUCAGUGUCGCCUAGUCAACCCAAAGGUGAAUUCCUCAUGGACUGCUUCUGCGUCAGCAGAGUUUCAAAAGUUUUUGGCGGCGGGUGAUUCUCAACAUGCUGGAUUCAAAUGCAUUGUAAAAGACAGAACUUGUGAUGAAGAGGGCCAGCCGGUUAAUGUGGUAGACCUUGAAACUCCAUCCCAAAGCGCUUGGAAUGUGCUCUCUCUUGUCCCUAUGGAUACAUAUAAUUAUUCCACAUAUGAUAUGGAAUUGGGCACAAAAGAGAAGGUGUGGGUAACCUUUUCAGAGACCGUACACAGCUUCUUCUGCCAGCUGAACAGAAAUUCUCAUUUGUUUAACAAGGUGAUGGAAGAUGUUCAACAGCUAGUCAGCAAGUCACAGUGUUCAGGUGACCUCGUCAGAUCCGAUGCCCUUUGCCUUGUGCGUUAUUCUGACAAUGAAUGGUACAGAGGAAAAGUGAUUCAGACAUCCCCGGAACCCAAGGUGCUCUUUGUGGACUAUGGCGACACCCUCACAGUGAAUUCGUCUCAUGUUCGACCUUGGCCUGCCAGUGCAAGCGCGGCAAAGUCCGUCCCUGUACUGGCCGUUGCUCUCGGACUUUUUGGUGUUCCGGCUGACGUACCGCAAGAGGUCAACCAGUGGUUUGCAAAUCAUGCCGUCGGCACAACUGUGACUGUUUCUGUGGUGGACAGAGGCGACAGCGGGAAGCUAAUGGUGGAGGUAUUUGAAGGGCUGCUGAACGUCAAUGUAAUUGUCCGAGAGAAGGUAGCGCACGUGAAACGAGCAAAGACCAGCCAAGGUAUACGGGCCGACCAGGUCUGCUCAAAACAGGUCACCACACCAGAUGAGGACUUUCUAACUGAAGAACUCAAUCGUAUAUCAAAUCUGGGAGAACAAAAUAAAGACCAAAACGGCAAGGGAGCAUGUGCUGUAGAUGAGCCAUUGUUGGAGAGGCCUCAGUACACAACUCUUGUCGCUAUAGCGGAGUGUGAACAUGAAAAGAUGCUCAAUGAGGAAAGCACACAAUGUUUGAAUGUCACUCCAAAGGUUUUGGUAAAGACUCCAAAAGACAUCAAUUCCAAUGAUGCUGAAAUGUUACAACCUGAGAAGAGCUAUGCAUAUCACAUGCCAAUCAUAUCUCACCACAAGUCCGAGGAGAUGUACGCUUCCUGCAUCGUCGGACCCAGUUAUUUCUGGUGUCAGUUCGCCCACACCGAAAACCUGAAUGCCGUGUCGAGCCUUGCCCAGAGCAUCGGAGAGGCUCUACAGGAUUCAGAGGUCCCCAAGAGUUUGAUUCCCGGCAGCCCGUGCCUUGCCCUCUUUUCCACUGACUCCAAGUGGUAUCGCGCUGAAGUGCUUCGCAGGAACGACAGCACUGUCUGCAUCCUGUUUGUGGACUAUGGAAACGAGUCUGAGGUGGACAUUAAAGAUGUGAGAUACCUCCCAUGUUCUCUGAUGGAAUAUGUGCCUCAGGCCUUUUUGUGCUCUCUGGAUGGAUUUGAUGAGUCCAAGGGCUCCUGGGAUGAUGAAGUUUACGACGACUUCUACAAUCUCCUGGUGGAUAAGCCCCUUGCAGUUACUGUGGUCAGUGCUAAAAACAAUUCAGAGAUUGUGCUUCAGGAACACUCUGUAAAAAUUAAGUGUGAAGGUACAGAUGUAAACGAGGUCAUGCAAAAAUACUGGAAACCCAUUUACACUCAGACUGAAGAUAUUCAAGCAGCCUAUCCACCACAACCCUCUCCCCCAAACACAGAGUCCAACAUGACCCUCCUUGAGGAGAAUGCAAAUGUUUCCAUGUACAAGAAGCCAAAUAUCUCCCCAAAUAAGUCUGAGAUGGUCUACGCCUCAUGUGUUGUAGACCCAAAUUUCUUCUGGUGCCAGUUUGCCGACACGGAUGCUCUCGAGCGGUUGUCCAUUCUUGCUGAGGAAGCGGGACGAGCUGAGCCGCACUUGAAUUCCCUCGAGACCCUCAUUCCCGCUAGUCCGUGUCUCGCUUUGUACUCUGUUGACCGCCAGUGGUAUCGAGCGCAAGUCAUCUCAAGAGAGGACCGCAGAAUCCAUGUGGUGUUCAUCGACUAUGGCAACGAUUCAGUCGUCGACGUCCGAGAUGUCCGACAGCUGCCUUUGAAUCUGCGAGAGCUCGCCCCUGAGGCCUUCUUGUGCUCUUUGAGGGGCUUUGGCGCGCCCAAAUGGGAUGACGGAGCCUGUGAGGAAUUCUUCAGUCUUAUUAUUGACAAACCACUACGAGUGUCGGUUUUUCAUGUGGAAAACCAUUUAGAGGUUGCGCUUCCUCAGCAUGCCGUGGAAAUAGUGUGUGAAGGGAUUCAUGUAAAUCAAAUGAUGGCGAAAUACGGCAAAGAAAAAGAUGCAUAG